AUGACGCAGGAGCUGAAAGUGAGAAGCUGCAGCUGGGGGAGGCUGCCAACAACAGCCAGCUUUAAGCAGUCAGGACGUCUCACUUUGUCAUUGUCCAUCCAGCGAAGAGCGAGCCCAACAGAGGUCGACGUGCGUGGGCCAAAGGACCAACGCUCGAGUCCUGACGGGAAUGUGCUAGACAGAGGUGAAAGACAGGGUGAAGAGGAGGAGGAGGAGGAGGAUGAGGAGGAGGAGAACGAACAAGAGGAGCUGGAAGUAGAGCAGCGUGUGAUCUCCGAUGAGGACUAUGACACAGAUUUGGAGCUCGAAGAUAAGGAGGAGGCAUAUGACCCGACGGGGCAGAUGUCCUACAUGGAGGCGUGUGAAAUGUUACAGGUGGUGCCUGCCUCUUGCGUCCUGCGGCAAAUGCAAACGAGCGAGCUGUCCAUGAUGCAUCGUGGUCUGGGGCCUCAGGGCACCAAAGCACUGGCGGUUCCCCUGGUAACCAACACUUCAAUACUGAGGCUGAACCUGCGAGAUAAUUGGAUGGAAGGAAGGGGCGGAGCUGCUAUAGCUGAGAUGUUAAAGGAAAAUUGUUACAUUACAGAGGUGGAUCUGUCCGACAACAAUCUUGGGGAUGAUGGGGCCAGAGCAAUAGCUGGUAUGCUUAAGGAGAACAGCACCCUGGUGAACCUGAAUCUGUCAGGAAACCAUUUCACAGACCGGUCCGCUGAACACCUCAGUCCAGCACUGAUCACCAACACCAAGUUACAGCACCUCGACCUCAGCCACAAUGCCCUUGGGGAGCGUGCAGGGCAAAACCUGGGAGACUCUCUGUUGGAGAACACGGGGUUGAGAUCGCUCAGUCUGGCCUGGAACUGCAUUCGCGGGAGAGGAGCUGUGAUGCUGGCCAAUGGCCUUGGGGGAAACAUUUUCCUUAGAACUGUGGAUCUGUCAUUCAAUGGCUUUGGUAAAGAAGGAGCCAUUGCUUUAGGACAGGCUCUGAAAGAGAACUCAGUUUUGGAGGAGUUGGAUGUGAGUAACAACCGAAUACCCCCUGAAGGAGCUAUUCGCCUAGCCAUGGGCCUCAAAGUAAACAAGACAAUCAAAUCCCUGAAUAUGGGGAGGAACCCCAUUCAAAAUGCUGGGUGCUAUGGGAUCCUCAAGUCUGUGCAGGAAAACCAGGAUUCAGCCAUGGAGGCAUUAGACUUUUCGGACAUAACAGUGAACCAGGAUUUUGAAGACUUGUAUACGGCGGUGAAAGAGAUUUUCCCUGCUCUUACAGUAAAUCACGGGGGCAGAAUUGGCACAUUCAGAAAAGCAAAAGCUUGA